CGAUCUUGAAGUGCCACAUUGCGUGUCACGGCUGCCAGAUUCCAUGGAAGCCUCGCAAAAUGGAAACGAUGGACCGACAUUCGGAGCAGCAUCCUGGUAGGAUUCCUGCCCUCAAGGCCAGGCUGCUCCUGCUUUGGUGGGUCGCUUCUUUGCUUCGGUUGUGCGGUGCAGUGAACUGCGCGCUACCACAACCACAUCUCCUAGGCGUCCAGAAUGCCACCGCAGUGCCGCUGCCAGUGAUCGUCCAGCUGACGACAACAACGACCCCAACUGCAUCCAACCGCCUUAAUUUCGUUGCAAUACACAACGCGAGGAACAUGCCGUGUCGGUUAUUAUGUGCUGUACGCUCACGUUUUGACGGAGAAUUGUACUCAUCGAGACAUGGUGGUGUUGUGCAGGGGAGGAGAAGAUCAUAAUUGAUACCCCCGGCAGGCAUCGCAUUCUUGCGGUUGUGGCUAUGCCGGGCUCGCCCUGUUCAAGGACCGAUUUUUUUGUUUUCGAUGGAUAUCUGCCUUUGGACACGAACGCGAACGCAAAACUGGAGCAUCCAGGGAUAGAGUGUCCAAUGGUUCCAGAGCUCCACCUCCUGAUCUUAUGGUCAGCCAUGCCGGAUGGUGAAGUGUCGAGGAACCUUCAGGCGAUAGCCGCCCUUUCCGACAUCGCCAACUACCCUGAAGGCGACUACCAUGUACGAGUGCACCGAGUAUUUCGAGCGGAUCCAGGUGUGGAGCGUCGCAUCGAUGAGAGCUGGUACAAGCGGUUUUACGGAGACACCUACUAUGGUCUAUACUUCGGCACAUCGAACAAAGUUGACAUGGUGCAUGUGAAAGGAGAUGGAGCCUUUCACGUGGCUGUUGUCGAGGAUUUGUGUCCAAAAUACGCAUACGAUCUCAAACGCGGCAUGGUAUUGAACACCAACAUGUUUGCUCUGAAAAAUCUCCUCCGUGAGGAGAGUUCACAAUGGUAUCAGGUGCAUUCGACACAGACUCGGCAAGAAUCCGACGCCGACUACAUGUUCUUGUUUGGUGAGACUGGUAGACAAAUUUUUCGUUCGCUACGCCUUGAGAAGCAGUGGACCGCUACCCAGAAUGAAGACCUUCGUGUCGAUGACAGCGUGUAUAUCCUAUCAUGGAGUCGAGUAUUCCUCGCAAUUGAUGCGAUGGAAAUGCUUGGCGUUAUGAUGCAAAGCGAGUGGUAUCGAUUUAAGCUGGACGUACCUGAAAUUCAUGCCGAGUUGACGCCCGGUAUGCUAGACCCAAAUCCAACUUCCAGCCAUGAAAACAUUCAUCGUGCAGCUUUCUUGGGAUCCAGUCGGCUGCCACUUUUGGCACAUUUGCCGACAGAUUCCCUCUGGUACAAGGGAAAGUUAGAAAUGAAGCGCGUGAGGGAAUUCCGUGUGCUAAAGGAGAAUAGCUGGAGGCAGCACUUACCUCCAUGCAGUACGGUUGGAGAAGCUGUUACGAUUCUGAGCUCACAGGACGCUGCAGUGGAGGGCUCUCUGCUGGACCACGUACGUCAGCUUCAACAUCGUGUUGACCACUUCAACCAUACAAUUAUCGUCGUAGGCACCAGCGUCGACGGCCCCUUCACAAUAUGGGAUGGCAACCACCGUGCUAUUGCGUUGGCGCUCACUCAACCGGACAGUCACAUGCUGCUUGUGUACAUGGGUAUCAGUCCCAGGUUUGCGUCGCCGCACCGAGGCUCGUUCUAUUGUCCGUAGUCAUUUUUGUUUUUCAAUUUUGUGCAUAGAAUUAUCUUCCGUUUUUGUCAUCGUAACCUUCGUGCAACAUUGACGUGGCGGUUGCAUUCCCC